AUGGCCUCACGGUCGGAGUCACCUGAGAUCAUUGUGACUCAUGCGGUUCUGGGUAAGCGCAAACGCGAAGUGUCAGAUCAGCUAGCCCGCAUCAAGGUCGAGAAGAACGAAGACCAUGAGAACGAAACGAUGCCUGAGGAGACGCAUGGUAUCGACAGCGACGACGACAGCGAUCUGAGCUCCGUUGCAUCAGACACCGAAGACGUGUCCGGAAACCCCGACAAUGAGCCCGAGCAGGGCGACAUCCUUNGGCAAGAAGCUGACGAAAAGUUUCCCNCCUGCGCUGCAUACCAUGAGAACGUCCAUGAUAUCUGUUCUCAAAUCACAACCAUUCUUGACAAGACAAUUGAGUAUCUUUCGGAAAUUGGUGGUCAGAGCGAAGGCCUUCAGAGAUUGCUGGAGCAAGCAAAGCAAACCAGAGAGUUUCCUAAUCCUAAAAUCCCAACCAUCGCACUCUUGGGUGAUGCAGGUGCCGGUAGGUCUGGUUCUGACGGAGUUUCGAAUGCAGCUGAUAUCUUUCCAGGAAAGAGCUCGCUCAUCAGUGCUCUGCUUGAUACGCCCCACAUUUCCAAAAAGGUAUUGUCAUUCUCUCACGUCUUGUGGUCCAUGGUUGCUAAUCAAUGGUUUUAG